AUGUAUUUAGUUGAACAAGGAUGUGGUAAUAAAACAUGGAAUGAAUCGAAUGUACGGGCAGCAAAGUGCCAAAAUGUACACCUCUGCAAUACUAAAAAAUUGUUCGAUGAGAGCCUAUUUUGUUUAAAUAAAGGAAAAGAUGAGUUGAAUGAAACAAAAAGUUCCGUUAUCCAAUGUGAUAAUGAAUGUUUUACUAGACGAUAUUUGGAUGGAAAAUUGGAGCAAGGUUGUGGGAAUUGCACAGAUGUCAAUUGCAAAAGUUGCAAAAUAAAUUUUUGUAAUACUAAAGAGAUUGGGAUGAAACAUUGUUGGACUAAUAAUGGGUCGACUUGUUCGACUGGAUAUUAUGAAAAUUGUUAUACAGAGAGGAUAGAAACAAAUGAAUUACAUAAGAGUUGUGGGAAUUGUACUUCCCCAACAUGCAAAACAUGCACUGGCCAUCGCUGUAAUGAUGGAGAUCAUUUUCCCUAUUAUUGCUUAAAUUCUGAUGGUCAGAGUUUGUUAGAAUGCCCAUCUCCUAACUGUUACAUUGAUAAAGGUCUGUAA